GCAGUGUUUAGAAAUUAGAUGGAAAUUAGGUACCUAUUUGUUUUUAUUGCUCAUAUAUUUUUAUUGUCUAUAAAUUAAGUUCUACGAUAAUCCUAGUAAAAUGUUUAGUUUAAUUCCAAAGGCAAUUUGCAGCUUAGGUCAAGCUGUUCAAAAUGUAAGAUGUAUAGCUUCACUGUCCGCCUUGCCAGAAACAUAUCAGAUGAUGUACAAAACUUGCAGAGACUUUGCAGAGAAUGAGUUAAAACCCAAUGCUGCCGUUUACGAUAGGGAACAUAAAUACCCAGGAGAUGCCAUUAAGAAAAUGGGCGAACUCGGUCUCAUGUCUAUAUUUACACCUGAAAACUUAGGCGGAACAGGCUUGGACUAUCUCGCGUAUGCUAUAGCUCUAGAGGAAAUAUCUAGAGGGUGUGCAUCAGCUGGUGUGAUAAUGUCUGUAAACAACUCUCUUUACUUGGGGCCACUGAUAAAUUGGGGAACUGACAAACAAAAACAGGCAUACAUUACUCCUUUCUGUACUGGUGAUGUUGGAUGUUUUGCUUUAUCUGAACCUGGAAAUGGUUCUGAUGCUGGAGCAGCUUCAACAACUGCUAAAGAUGGUGGGGACAAAUGGAUUUUGAAUGGUACCAAAUGUUGGAUAACAAAUGGCUAUGAGAGUAAGGCUUCAGUAGUGUUUGCGACAACAGACAAGAGUUUGAAGCACAAAGGCAUUUCAGCCUUUAUAGUACCAAAACCAACAAAAGGUUUGGAGUUAGGCAAGAAAGAGGACAAGCUGGGAAUCAGGGGAUCUUCGACAUGUUCCCUUAUUUUUGAAGACUGUGAAAUCCCAAAGGAGAAUAUUUUAGGUGAACCUGGCAUGGGCUUCAAAAUUGCAAUGAUGACAUUAGACGGUGGACGAAUUGGCAUUGCAGCUCAGGCCUUGGGAAUUGCUCAGGCCUCACUGGAUGUUGCUGUUGAAUAUGCAUCUAAGAGGACUGCUUUUGGAAAGCCAAUCAGUAAAUUGCAGACAAUACAGAAUAAAUUGGCUAACAUGGCUAUGCAGCUGGAAUCAGCUAGAUUAUUGACUUGGCGUGCUGCAUGGUUGAAAGACAACAAACAGGGUUAUACUAAGGAGGCAGCAAUGGCAAAGUUGGCAGCUUCAGAGGCAGCUACUUUUGUUUCACACCAAUGUAUACAGAUUCUUGGUGGCAUGGGAUAUGUGUCUGACAUGCCAGCAGAGAGACAUUACCGUGAUGCAAGAAUUACCGAGAUCUAUGAGGGCACAUCAGAGAUACAAAGACUUGUUAUUGCCAAUCAAAUUAUCAAAGAAUAUGGAGUUUAGUAAUUAUGUGAAAGCAAAUUAUUUAUUUUUGUAUUGUUCCUACUACUACAAGAAUAUAAACAAUAUUUUAGAG